AUGGUGUGUUUCAGGAUCGUCUGCCCGCCUGGCUGUGCGUCUGUCGCCGGACCAAUCUAUGGUGACGGGAUGUACAGCACUAACUCGUCUGUGUGUAAAGCGGCUGUUCAUCACGGGUGGGUCAUAGACGAGCUGGGAGGAGCCGUGACCGUCAGGAAGUUCAGCCUGGCCAGAAUUUCUAACCCAGUAAUACACCACGGGGUGACGUCGCUAGAGUACGACGGAUCCGGCAAGACGUCUAUUCAUUUUCUUCACGGCUGUGACUCAGUGGUGACGUUGGCCAGCCGAACUCGGGGGUUCUACAGCAACAGCCCGUUUGACGCGGACAGCGAGUGUAACCUCCACAUCAUCGACAAUCCUGGUGGCAAUAUAGCCCCGGGGUACUUAUUCAACCUCGCUGGAGGGGCCGAGUUGGAGGUCCAUGCCGGUCCAAACAAGAAGUACUUUGUGAGCAGACAUACCAACGUCGCUUGGAGCCAGAAUCUGCAGGGAGGAAUACCUCACGUCCACGAAGCGUUCUUCGAUCUUACCACUGGAUCUCAGGCAGCGGGACAAUAUCUUCGGGUAAAUUGGGGCACCCAGGGAGUGGAGCGGUUGGCCUGCGGGACGAUUUCCCAGAUCAGCCGCACGUUUUACGCCGACGCCCGCCCCUGGAUGGACCUGGAUUUCGGUCGGGAGAUGUACGUGGCCGCGAUAGAGACAUCGGGCGACGUGAGCACCAACUCCUACACUAAAGCGUACAGUCUUCAGACAAGUGACGACGGGGCGGUGUACAACAACCAUGGAGCCAGCUCCGAGCCGUGUACACGUGUUAAGGUGUAUCAAGCCAACACUGAACCAAGAACAACUGUCCGGACCUUUAUACAACCCCGCAUUUCCACGAGGUACCUGCGAGUCAUUCCGGUUGCCUGGUUUGGCCGCCCGACACUGACCCUGGGCGUGCUCGGGUGUGAAAGUGCGCUGAUCGCUGCGAGGCACCCGGGUACUGUGAUGGGAGUGUUCGAUCGGAAAGUCAACUUGGAUUUCCCCGCCGCUCAUCACCACUGCUCAACGUUCCACAGCAGGAUGGCGUCAUACAGCGAGCUUCUCGCUGCGUUUCACGCCGGCAUGACCGACGCUUGGCUUUCAUGGCUAACCGACCAGCGUGCCAGAUACAUCAUAGAACGCCUCAUUUCUUACUCGGCUUAUCGAAACAGCGGAAUAAUCAGUUGGGGUCUUCGGCCUACUUCGUGGCUACUUGGCGUGUUUUGUAUGCAGACCAUGUCAGAAACCGGAACAAACAUCGCACUGGAGAAGAGGACAUAUCAGUCGACAACACUUGACGAGACCGGCCUCUCUUGGCACGGCAUUGACGGCGUCAGAACCACGAACAGCUGCGACGAGAACGGCGGCGCAUGCGUCAAAACAGCGAACGCUUCUAGUCAAGGUUGCCCAAUAGCAGGCUACGUUAGUUUUGACGGAAGUUGCUACAAGAGCUUCACGGAGCAGAGGACGCGUGAUGAGGCCAGACAGACCUGUGCAGCAGACGGGGGGAUUUUAGCCAUGCCGAAGGACAGUGCCACCAAUACCUUUCUCGCUAAUCUAGCAGACGUAGUAGGGGGUCGCUGGCUUGGGCUGACUGACGUCAACAAUGGCGGCCAGUGGGUAUUUGAGGACGGCCAGACCCUGACAUCAUUCGGCUAUGCCAACUGGCUCCCCGGUGAACCACAACCCGACUCCGGUAACGGUGGCUGUGUGGGGUUUUGGGAGGGCGGAUCAUUCUGGGAUGAGAAAGAGUGUUGGUACGUCAGGGGAUUUAUCUGCCAGCUGCAAUUGCAAGAAGUGCAUCCCUGGUGGUAUGUGGACUUAGACCGACAGUGGUCCAUCGACAGGGUGACUGUGGUCAAACCCGGCUCUGUCGACCUCAACCCCUUCUUCAUCCACAUCGGCGACCAUCGGCACGUGUCGGCAAACCCUCAAUGCGGGCAGAACCACAGCAUCGCCGUCAACCAGUCAGAACUAACCGUCUCGUGUGGAGGCCUGCGGGGUCGGUAUGUGGGGAUCCGUCUGGGAGAGGCGCGACUUCUGCAGUUCAGCGAACUCGAGGUUUACCCUGUCUCCGAUGAAGCAAAUAUCGGAGGAAUAAACGUCGCCGCUCUGUCCCGUGGCGGACGGUGUGUGGGCGCGUCACAAAACGCCGCUACCUGUGGCGGCAUCAUCGACGGUCAGCUGACGCCACGGCCGGGGCAGCUCGGCUGGCUGAGUUCGCAGGGGAUCGGCUCGUGGGUUCAGCUGAAGUUCGAUGGAUACUACUUCAUCAACCGAGCCAAGAUCGCACAGUCUACGUGGAACACAGGCCAAAUCAGGACAAUCAGGUUGACGUUCAAUGACGGAUCCUAUGAAGACGUCGAACUCAGGCAGCGUCAGGGAAGUGACCAGUACGACGUGACGCAAGUUUACUACGAUGAGUUCCUCUUCGACACGACCAAGACAGACUCCGUAAAGAUGACUGUCCUCAGCGCGUAUACAGCUGCCUCCACCAGCGGCCUCAUUGAGGCACAAUUCAUCACGGCCUUUCCGGAAGAUAUUUAUGUUACAGACUUUCAAUUGAUACCUGCACUCGUAAGAUUCCGGCAACACAUCGGUAGGAGCUCACCAAUGUCGGUACUCGCCGAAGCGUAUAAUUUGUCUCUUGCUGACUGCGCGAUCAAGUGUCUGGAGGAACCCGCGUUUUUCUGCCAGUCUUUCCAGUACAAGGCCGGUACAAGAAACUGUGAGAUGUUCGGAUGGGCAGCUCCUAAAGACGGAGUGGAGCGAUUGGUCACGGAUCCAAGCGUCUCAUAUUUUGAGAGGCAUUUUGAAACUUAUUUUCUCUUCGAAUGGACUCCACGAAUGACGUGCUCGUGUAUGUAUGGGGACGGCGCCACAAGUGUACCACAGAUUGGACCUUGUUUGACGCAACGUCCUCGGAACCAUUGGCUGCACACCGCAGAAGGAACUCUUCGGAACGGAGAAACGUCACAGUGUCUUGAACUUCUUCCCAACAACGUGGUUGUCAUGACAACCUGCUCACCAAUCAGAGAGUCCAUAUUGUUUGACGUCAUUGAUGACGCGCUGAGCUGGAGGGUGUUGGGAAGAGAAGUUUGCUUUGAUAACAGAGACGGCGUGGUGGAACUGGUGAGCUGUCCCGAUGGCAGGAACAAACUGAGGAAACUGCAGCUACACGAGGUGAAUGAGCUGGUGACGAUGUCCACUCCGUGUGACGUCAGAGAAGACUCAACAACAGAGGGUACUGAGAUCCUGGUAGAAGAAGUUGAGCCCGGUACAGUGUUGGCACGUUGGAACGUAUCAGGGUACGCCUGUGAAUUAAGCAUGGUGUUCGUUGCACAGACAAAUCUUAGGGACGGUUUUACAACGAGUUGGAAUGUUUCUUGGGACACGACUGCUUUCAACUUCACCAAUGUUGAACGUGAAGUCUCAUACCUGCUGGAGAUAUACCUCAUGACACCAAGAAGCAACAUCUACCUAUCUUACUCACGGACCAUAAUGUUAGGAGGAAACGACGUCGAGGUUCAAAACUUGACGGUCUCGCUAGUGACAGAAGAAGGGUUUUACCUCACCUGGAACGUCACGUCAUCUUUAGUGAUCGGGUAUCGUGUUACAUAUCAUCCAAUGAACGGCCAGGAAAUUGCCCAGUUGUAUGUGCAUCACCCGGAAUUGCAUUUACGGGGGCUGCUGCCAGGGGUCGAAUACAACGUGACCAUAACAGCCAUUACUGCAGAAUUUGAGGGUAGCGGCGCUAAUCUCCAACAAUACACGCUACCGAGAACAGCAGUGGCCCCCCCAAGUGAUUUCCACGUGGUAACCGUGAGGGACCGUUCGGCUACCCUGAUGUGGGCGGCACCAGGUGGCGAGGUUGUCGCGUACGUGCUGGAGCUCAUACCUGCCGUUGCUCCAUCGGAAGCUGUAAACAUUUCCCUGAGCAGCAAUCUAACAACCACGGAUGUGACAGGGCUGAUCCCCCUUCAUCCUUAUAUCGCCAAGCUGUAUGCAGUCGGUCCGGCUGGUUUUAGCGACGGUGUGCUUAUUCCCUGGAUAACAGAAUCGGCCACCGAGCAACAAACAUCAGCACCUACACCUACAGUCAUACCAUCUACAGAACCCACCAACCCAGAAAGUGAUACCGAUGUGGAGGUGCUGAGUGACGACGGGUUUGGAGGCUUUGUACCACGGGCGCGGGAAACCGAAAGUUACGAGUCGUGGGGAAGCGAAGACCCCGAACAAGAGUCUGAAGUCAGCAGCAGUUCGGCUAAUGAGGAUGACGAUCCUUCCGAAGGACUUGGUGCGGAUUUCCCACCGCUGAUGGUCGAGGGUCUCGCCAUCCCCUCCAUUGAUGCCGUGGAUGUCACUGACAUCGCCUCAACGGAUCCUGUGGUGCUUGUAGAAGGACUUGCUGCGGUAAUGCAACCGGUAAGCAUCAACGUGGCCACAGGCACAGCGCACCAGACCUGCAAGCAAGCCUUGGAUACACUGAAGAUUGCAUCAGAGCGUCUGCAGACCACAAUCGCAGCUGGCGUCCUUGCCCAGUUAUGUGAAGCUGUCAUCAGAGCCUGUGGAAACAAGUCAUUGGAAGAACAGCUUUCCUACCUCACUGUUCUGGACAACCUGAACGACGUACUUGGGAGAAAAUCAGUGACGACGCAAAACACCACGCGCACCAGUACAGAUAUGUUACGCACCGUUGGACACCUCAUCUAUGAAGCACUUGAUCAAGCUGACGACGAUUCUGUUGGGAACGAUGACUUGUUUUCACUGUUUUCACCCGAAGAGCGAGCAGAUAGGGAUCGGCAGGAAAAAGAAGAAAGUGACCAAAAGGUAGCAAUUAUGUUUAUCCUCCACCACAACGCAUAUGACCUCAUCAGUUACCCUAACAACCCUUUUACCUGGGGAAACAACUCGAACAUCAUCAACUCUGCUGUCCACGACAUCUACUUGAUCCCAUCGACCAUGUCCAUUGGGGACAUCAAGGACGCAGAAGACGACAUCCUGAUCACCAUUGCCACCAACGGAGAUCGCCCUUCCAGCGGACUGGUUCAUGGGGUGGAUUCCACGGGAAAUGAGAGCGUGGUGCAGCACGUGUUCAACAUUUCAGACGUAGAUGACGCGUUCAUCGUCCAAGUUACCGCCCUGAACAGGAGUUCCAGGAUAUCCGUGUUCGGGAGAGGAGGCGGCCUGGCCCAUAGUAGAAACUGUGAAGUCUGUUUCCCGUGGCAGGACUGGAAACCGACAUUCUCACGACAUGGCACACCCGAGCCUCAGUCUGUCGCGUUUUUUGUGUCAGGAAGGAAUCACACCGGAAAAUACGUGGUCGGAGUAGAAGUUGCUGGUAAGAAUAAACUCUUUUUGUACAGCGUAUACCAUAUCCUAGGACACGUGGAUCCAGGCGAGUCCGACCUGCAAACCGCGCUGCGGGAGACACAAGAGGAAGCCGGCCUCUCGGCAGAACACUUCCACAUCAUGGAGAACUUCAAGAAAGUCUUGGAGUACAACGUGAGGGGGAAACCCAAGACUGUGAUCUACUGGCUGGCUGAGCUGAAGAACAGCGACACGCCUGUAGUGUUGUCAGACGAACACCAGAAGUACGAGUGGCUGGGAUUGGAGGAGGCGUACCGGCCGAAGCUUAGACACCUUAAGGUCGUGUUGCUAGCCCCAGAAGUCAAGACAAAGCAUUCAAAAACAAUGGCGCCAAGGAAGGAAGGAAACUCGAAAGGGAACUAUCAUUUUGUAAGACGAGACGGGCAGCUGCUUCAUGGAGAGGAGGCAGAAGAGGAGAGUGCGAACGUCUUCGCAGAAGAGGUGAUAAAAGACAUUAAGGACAAGCAAAGGGAGGAGAAUAGACUGCUGCGUUUGAGACACCCAGCUUUUGGCAAAGACACUUCUUCUGCGUCUCAGGACACAGACGGCGUCUCUACUAGGCACUCAACAAAGGACGAUGAUGGCGAAGAGAAGAAAACAUCCAGGAAGCCUAACAUCAGCGCACACGCCGUCAGAAAGCGAGUUCUAAGUGCAGAGAAAGAUACUGUUUCCAGCGAGGUGGACGACCAGGCGAAAGCGUUCGCCACGGGUCUUAACUUGACCGCGCUGACGGCUGAUGUUGACAUGGCUUCCCUGACGUUCUCGCCCCAAGCUACCGCUGCAGCUACCGGGCUUGAAGCUACAGUUUUAACCGCACAGGCUCACGGCGGAACCGUAGAGACCGACGUACAAGCAAAGGCCGACGUCAAAGGGGCGGAAGUUGUUGCAGGGAACGUGGACGUGAGGGCGGUAGACGAACAUCUCUUCGUGGGGGGCGAGGCCCUGGUCAGCGGCGCGGAUGUGAAGGUUGGAAACGCCAGCGUUGCCGCAGUCAAGAUGGAACACAGGGCCGGCGCAACGUUUGAAGCAAAGGGUGUCGAGGUGAAAGCGAUGAACGUGGAUGCAGCAGGGGUGCGGCAGGAGCAAGACGUCGGGGUCCACGUGGGCGCGAAGGCCGUGGAAGUGUCCGCGCUGAACGCCCGGGUCAGUGGAGCAGAAAACAAAGUGGAAGCAAGAGCCGGCGUCGAGCUUGCCUUGCUGAAAGUCGGAGGGCUCAACCAAGAGAGCGACACUAAGAACCACGCACCAAUGUUGGAUUUAACGCUGCUGGACUUACGCGUGCCGGGUAAAGGCACAGGAGCGACGACCGUCAGGGCCGGAGGGGGUGCCGGUAGCUCCAGCAACAGCGGGACUGACAAGGGGUGUUCUAAUGACGGAACGAACAAAAAUGGGGAGAUGCCAAAAACAAUAGAAGGGCCAGUGGCAGGAGGAAACUGUGGCAAUGCUACAGGUCUGGCUGCGGCUGGAACGAAGGCGCAGAGCAACAAUGAAGGUCCUAAUACGACAUUUGUUUCAUCUCGACAGGUCCACCCUACCUCCACAGUCAAUGCGACUGUCUGCGCCUGCAACCACAUGACGGCGUUCGGGACUGGCUUCGUCACCGUACCGAACACGAUUGACCUGACCACCGUGUUCGACAAGUUCACGGACAUAGGGAACAACGCAGGGGUCCUCGCUACCGUUCUGACGUCACUAGCGUUGUACGUUGCCGGGGUCAUGUUUCUAAGGAAGGCUGACAGAGAUGGAAUGAAAAAGUUGAUUGUCCGUGGCCUACCCGACAACCGCUCCACUGACAACUACUAUUACAAGAUGACCGUCUACACCAGUCACGCCAGAGGGUCUGGAACCAAGUCCAACGUGGGCUUUUCUUUACUUGGGGACAAAGGGAGUACUGGAGUCAGGGUGUUCAAGCAAGGUCCAGAGACCUUUCAGGCCGGUGGUGUGGACAUCUUCUUGCUGGCUGUUCCAGAAAGUCUGGGCGACCUUCUUCGGCUUCAUAUCUGGCACGACAACCAGGGGGGCAACGGCAGGGCUUGGAAGUUAGAUAAAGUCAUCGUGCGGGAUUUACAAUCAGGAGAGGCAAACAGUUUCCUGUGUGACCAGUGGCUAUCGGUGGACCACGGGGACGGUAGAAUCAGCCGGAUUCUUCCCUCUUCAACAGAGCAAGAUUUGUCACCCUUCCAUCUUUUGACUACAAAUGCCGUCGACAGUUUUAAAAAUGAGCACAUCUGGCUCUCCAUCUUCUUCUGCCCCAGUGGCAGCCAUUUCAGCCGUGUCCAACGCCUCUCCUGUGGACUGUGUGUCGUCUACACCACCAUGAUUGCCAACGCCAUGUGGUACAAAACCGAAGACAACCUGCAGCAGAAUAACGUGGUGAAUCUUGGGAUAGUCUCCUUCACGCUUCACGAGUUAUACGUCAGCACGAUGACGUCAUUGUUUGUACUACCUGUAAACCUGCUCCUCUUCCAGCUCUUCAAACGGUGCAGAGAAAAACAACAACCUGCCAAGAAUGCCGUGAAUGUCGCAGAGAAGGAAGACAUCAGGUCUUUGCUGUUGAAAACGCGGUCAUCCUCCAAGUCUCUUCCCCACGGAUUUGUGUAUGUGGCUUGGUCGAUCCUGGCCCUCAGCUGUUGCGUGUCGGCGUUCUUUACUAUUCUCUACAGCCUGGAAUGGGGAGCUGAGAAGGCAAACGCAUGGCUGAAGACGUUUCUGAUGUCCUUCGUUCAAGACGUCUUUGUAGUACAGCCAUUCAAGAUUCUGGCUCUCUCUACACUGGUCCCCUAUAUCUGCAAGAAAGCAGCAGUGUUAUCGACGCGGGAUGACGUCGUCCUACAACACGCUGACGUAGAGGAUUCCAGCCAAUCAGAGAGCAGCCUGUUUGCCUGGAUAUCUCACAGGGCGACCUUGAGGGUGAACAAACAACAGUUGCUGAAAGUUCUCCUUAAGCAUGACCUAGCGGAGGAAUCGCAGAGGGAGCGGAAAAAGAGGGAAGAGACCAGAAAAAAGACGGACAGUGUGAUACAGGAGGUUGCCGGGUUCUUCGUGUUUGUGCUGAUUCUGCUUGUGGUGGUGAAUAGUGGCACAAACGUCUACUCUCACCACGCCUACAACACUAUAGGAGACCUCUUCCAGUCGGAUUUUGAUGAGCCGCGCUACACCAGCCUUUACAUGAGUCAUCAGGAAUGCAACAGCGGGAACGCCAUUUCAGACGAGGAGACGCGAGACUUUCUGCACGGAUGGACACCCCUCUCCUCCUCCAAUUCUUCGGAAGAUGUCUCCGAGCCGUCGCCCUGGACGUACCACCUCCCCGGGUCUGGUGACGAGCUCCCCGCGAUGGGAGCCAUUGCCACGUACGGCUCGGGAGGUUACGUUACCGGAGUCGGCAGAAACAAAGCUGCUGCCCUCGCUGUCAUCGCUGACCUGAAGGAAGCCGGCUGGAUUGACCGUUACACACGCGCCGUCAUUGUCGAGUUCACGGUGUACAACGCCAAUGUCAACUUCUUCAGCACGAUGUCGUACAUGGUGGAGUUUCUCAACACGGGAGGGGCGGUGCCGUCCCACUCUGUGUGGACCUACCGCUUACAUCGGUUCGUCGGCACGGCUGGAUACAUCCUCAUGGCCCUGCACAUCCUGUAUGUGGUCUGUUUCCUCUACACGCUGUACAGGGAAGUAAGACUGAUGAAGGAACAAGGGAGAAGCUACUGCCUGCAACCGUGGAACCUUCUCGAGAUUGCCAACAUUCUGGUUUGUUUCGGCGCCGUUGCCGUUUUUGCUGUAGACUACAUAACCUCGAGGAAUACUCUGGACAAGCUACUCCAUCGCCAUACGUCAAAGUUCGUCAGCUUCGACCAGGCCGUCUUCUGGAACCAGGCGUUUGUUUGGACAGUGGCCACCGUCGCCUUCAUCAACAUCUUCAAGUUCCUUCGCCUCCUCCGCUUCAACCCGAUGUUGUCUGUGUUGAUGACGUCAAUGCGACGCAUGGCACCAGAGGUUACAGCCUUCGCCGUGUACUUCACCUUCCUGUUUCUCUCAUUCGUGCAGCUGGGACAUUUGGUCUUUGGACUCAAAAUACAGGCAUAUUCCACGAUAGCCGCCUCUGCAAAGAGUCUCUUCGUCUGUACCCUGGGGAUGUUUGAUUUCGAUGAAAUCUUAAGCACCAGUAGGGUCAUCGGGCCCCUGUUCCUGUACACCUAUCUGUGCGUGGUCUUCCUCGUUAUCAUCAACAUCCUGGUGGCCAUCAUCAACGACGCACUCGUGGUGAUGAGAGGUUACACGCCGCCUCAGGAACAUCAGGAGAUCCUGCAGGAGCUGUGGAGGAGGCUGGCCAACUUCCUCGGUCUGACAAACUCUGAAAAUCAGGAGGAUGACAUGCUGGCAUCAGAAAGACUGGAGGAUUGUCUGACUAGACUGGAUCUUCUUGUACGGGCCAUGAAGGAGAGACGAGUCGCAGAGGACGCGAUGAGAAGGCACUAUGCCAUAGAAUAAUGUAGAAAAGGUCGAAGAAUGCUAGCCUCUACCAGGCUUCGGUGGGCGCCUGGAAACUUGCAGCAAAAUGGCAAAAUGUGGUCUCUCUAGCGGAGCAACUCCCUCGGCAUGUUAUCUCUCGAAUUGGCUAUUUUUUACUGUU